GCAAGGAGCCAACCUGCCCUCUCCCUCUCCAGGUGCCCAGCAUCCUCCUCAAGGGGGCGAAGCUGCCGGCCGCAAAGGACCAGCAACAACCGCCGGUUCUCCCAUGGUGCCUCAGUUCGCGACGAGGCCGCAACAGCCGUAUCAGCAGUGGUCUCCCCAUCCCGCUCCUCAAACCCCCAUAUUCCAAUACUCUCCCCUUAUCCAAACUCACCGUACUCGAAUCAGCCGAUUCUUGAAAGGCCGGCGCCCCCUCAGCAAGCACCUCCCGUCACGGCACCUCCCGUCACACAGCGCGAUGGUAGCAGGCCUUUGCCGAGCCCGCAUCCAGCGACUGGUCCCGCGACUCCUGGUGCUUUCCCCGCAGCUGUCCAGUCGCCUCUAACGGAGAUCUCGGCUCAGCAGACACCCACCGUUGCCAGAACUCCGUCGUUCUCCACAACGCUCAGUAAGCAGCCUUCCCGCCCAUCGGUGGCCACUCCAGGAUCCCUCACGCCGUGGAAACGGUCUCCGCGUCUGAGUCUGAGCAUUCCUCAGUCCCCAGGCUCCCCGGUGCGGCCUAAGCCGGAAGAUGUCAGUCCGAUCAGUGACAGAGCACCGUCACCGAUCGAACCUUUGGACGUUCUCGCCAGGGAAGCCGAAUCUGGCCAGAAACGUCCCGAAGCCGAAACCGAGAAGCCCAGACGCAGCAGGAAGAGGAGCGUUCCACCCCUCGACUUGGAGAUGGAAAAGCCCGCCAAAUCUCGGGCCAAGCGCGCGGAGAGUACCGCUUCCACAAGGAGUCGGGGACGUUCGGUGGCUUCUCGUGACGAUGAGUCGGCCACGGAUUCAGGAUCGGCCACUCUCCGCAAAAUCAAACAUGAGGCGCCAAACACUCCCGCGGGAAUACCGGAGGACACUGAAGCAGAGCCCCGAGCGGGGACUCGGCGUAAGGCAGCUGCGGGCACGGGACCGGGCGAUGAAGGGCCGGCCAGAGGAAGAACCAAGCGUAAGCGCGGUGCCAGUGAGUCGUUGGAGCUGGAUACUGGCCAACCGACCCCAAUCCGGCACGAGUCGUCUCAGUAUGUUUUGUGCACCCGCAACUUCCCGCGGACCGGGGCUCCUAUCAUGAACGACGUGGCCGCCCACAAACAUGCGUCGAUCUUUGCGAAACCGUUGACCGAACGGGAAGCUCCGGGUUACAAGGAUCUCAUCUACCGACCCCAGGAUCUCAAGUCCAUCAAGUCUGCGAUUCACCAUGGCAGUAGAGCUGUCGCUGCAGCUACGGAAGCGGCCAGCACGCCUGCGGAUGGGGAGUCACCAAACCCUGCGGCCGCCACGCCGUCGAAAAACACCGUGCUUGUACUGCCGAAGACGGCCGAUAUCAUCCCGCCCAAAGGCAUUGUCAACUCGGCCCAGUUGGAGAAAGAGUUGAUUCGCAUGUUUGCCAACGCCGUGAUGUUCAACCCGGCCCCCGAACGCGAGCGAGGCUUCGGACCCGCAUUUCCUAUGUCGAAGGGUAGCGGAGCCCGAACGAGCGCACCGCGAUGGGAGGCCGACGAGGGGGGCAUCGUCCGCGACACGCGGGAGAUGUGCGAUGACGUCGAACAAGCUGUCACAAGAUGGCGCGCAGCCGAGCGGACGGCAGAUGAACUGGGUAACAAAAGCUUCCUCUCUCUUCGAAGAGGCAGUGCCAGCGACCUCAACGCCGAUGGUGCAGAUGACAUGAAGGGAUGA